AUGGACAUAGGGGAGCCCACCGUGCUGGUCAAGUUACCUCGAGCUGGUCUGACUGGGGAAGGACGCACACAAUUCUCUCAAGUAUACGGUGUACGCGACGGGCAGAGGAAAAAGCGCCAUGAGGUCUGUGCUGCAGUGGAUAGCAAUUCACUGAACAUCUAUGAGGUUGUGAAUGGAAGAAAUAUCGCAUCCUGGCCUAUCCCACCCGACUCGACAUUCGCCAGCCAGCCAUAUUCAGAAAGAGUUUCAGCCAACGCGAAGUCGUUUACUAGAAGGUCCUGGUGUGUUGUCAAUAGGCGGGGUCAGUUUUUUCUGCAGCUGUACGAGCAGACACGCAAACACGGCGAAACGACUUCAUCUACGACUGCUCACACGCUCCGUGAUUCCUCUCCUGUGACAAAGCUUGUGGCGGUUGAUACAACAGAAAGAGACGCUAUUGUUAUCCAAGAGAAUGGCAUGGUGACAGGUGCGACUGGGGAUGGUACAAGAAUAUCAUAUCAGAGUAUUCUUGCAGAUUCAUUGAUCUCGAUCAAAAUUCUGGCUGCACAAUGUAUGUCUUUGCGAGAGGCUCGAUCUUCUGUGCUGAAGUCUCGAUUGGAUCUGGCAUCAACACUGCCCGAAGGAGCUAUCCUUAUCAGUGGUGUAUACCAGAACCAGAGCAAAGACCUACGUCUAGGCUUGUGGGCUCUCUUACCAAUAACAGGAACGUCAGAUGCAGCGAAAGUUGAGCCGUUGGUUAGUCACAGUCUAAAGCAACAACUGUCCCAAGAUUACCCGAAAAAGCUUACCGCCGAAUUUAUAUCAUUCACUAAGCUGGAGAUUAGUGGUGCGAACAGAACGACAACUUUUGAUCUGACCACUAUUGUGCCAAGGAUAUUGUCAGACCACACCCACACCGUUACCGGCACAUCGUCCAGUUUGGAGGUCAUUCGCGAUAUCUACCUUGCUGUGGCUUCAUUCAGUUUGCACCUGUACAAUAAGAAAUUCGACUCGAUUCUCGCAACUUCAACACCAGAUGUUUCGACCCUGAAGAGGAAGCGCGAUGGUGAGGGUGGCGUCCGCCUGUCUUUGGUUGCGUACUUCUCGCAGCUGAAGCGAGCUCUGGCUUUUAACGGUAGCCAUCUUUUGACCAUUGAGAUAUCUGGCAAGGACACGGAGCAGAACCCUCUGAAGAACGGUUCUCUACUUAUCGGCAACAUUCUUCGAGGCAACUCUACGCUGCCGAAAUCAAAAGACUCGCCAGAAUGUACAAUCUCAUUUGGCAGAGUGCGUCAGGAGAAACCUGUGCCAAACUGGCCACUCAUCUCGCAGGAAUUGGACGCGCUAGCAGAGAAAGGUGAUGCCAAGGGUUUCGAGGAGUUGUUUGUCCAGACUAUGGGGCUGCAGAAACCCCAGGAUCUGCAUAUCAAUAAGAUACCGGAAACUCAGGUUGAUUUUCUUCUGUCGAAGAUAUUCGCUAUUACGGCUUCCAGUUAUGACCAAUCGCGGCCACAGCUGAAGCUGGCUCUUUUGUCAACAGAGCUUCUCAAAUGGUGUGUCAAAGCAGGCUUCACUGAUGAGUACCGGUUGGUCCAAGUUUUGGACCGGAGCCCAAACACCAUUGGGCCAGGAUCAGUCGCUCAAUGCCUCCUUGAGGCAGAUCCCAAAUUAUCACUUGUCGAGUACUACAUUCAAUAUUCACCUUUCUUGCUACCAGAGACUCUUACAUUCCUGGUCAAGGAGAUGGUCCUUAAGGCAUUAAAUCAGUCAAAUCAGGACGAAGAGGUGCAAACAGCCAAGGAUGCGGACGACGAGGGCAACACAGCUUCAUCGCAGCAGCUAAUCUCCAUGGGUGACCGAGACAACGAAUUGAAGUCAAGCACACCAGCGACUAUAUGUUUAGCCUUCACCUUAAAGAGGCUUGCUUUCACCGGGCACGCAACUGUUUCCACACAGCUGCGUAGUCUGGACCAGCGAACGAUACUUGGGCUUAUCCAGUAUCUACGCCAGCAGCUGUUUCUGGGGGGAUUCUCACGCCUCAGCCAGGCCCAAGACUACCCUAGCCCUCCACCAUCUGAGACAGAGGAAGACCAUGUAUCUACGAAUCCUAAUCCUCAAAUAAGCUUGUCAGGCAUCAUCACACUCCUCAAUGCCUGCAUUGAUGCUGUUGGACCCGUUGGAAUACUUGGAUCAGAAGCACAUGAAGCGUUCAUCCGAAAAAUGGUUCCUGAACUUUUGUCCGAAAUAUCUAGUGCCAGUCAGGCUGUCCAAGAGUCGACAUUUUUGCAGGGACUUGUGCGUGAAACACUGCGAUACGUCGAAUCUGUGGAGGGACAACCGUUCAGCGCUCGAGCUAAGGCGGAGAAGAAAGAAAAGUCAGGGUUGGUGGAAAAAGGCCGGAUCGUGACAAUAUACGCUGAGCCAGAAACCGCAGCAGGUGGUGUAUUGCCUGCGUCAGUGCUGCCAUUGAGUUUGAAAGCCGAAGAAGAUAUCGGCAGGGAGAAGAUUCGUAAAGGUGGCCAAGCACACCGUCGGUCGGCUAGAGAAAUCGGUAUGCUAAAAGAUAGACUCAGGGCACCAUACUCGUUCGAGAGGUUGGUCCUCUAG